CUACCACUACUAAGGGACAGUCCACCACCUCACCAACUACCACUACUAAUGCACAGUCCACCACCUCACCAACUACCACUACUAACUACCACUACUGAGUGUCAGACAUGGUGCACAAGUGACAAUUGGGUACACAAGUGACACUUGUGAGCGUAUUAAUGGCAAAUAAGACCGAAAGUGUAUGUGUAUUUGUGGUUUUGUGUUUAUUAACUUACAUUAACGUGUGCAGUUUCAUGUGUGUUUGUCUUGUCCAUGCAGAUUACCUGCACUUCUUCAACGAGUCCAAGAGCUGGAUCAAUUCCCUGAAGUUCUGUAAAAGUCGUGGCUCCAAGUCUAACCUGGUGCAAAUCACCAACCAGACUGUGCAUGCUGACGUGACCCAGCUCAUUGCCAACGUGGAGCUGCAAUGUGGGGAAGUGUGGAUUGGUCUGGAGCGGUCCAUCUUUGAGUGGAGCGCCCCCUGGCUGUGGACCAGUAGUGAUGUUGAUAAGGUGGUGAAGUACAGUGAGUGGCAUAGUUGCUUCCCCCUCAACCCCAUCAAUUACCAUUGUGGUAAGAUGGUCCGGGUUGGUAACGGAGAACUGAAGUGGCUGGAUGCUUCCUGUCAUCAGGAAUUACCCUUCAUCUGUCAAGAUCUCCACUAGAGGGCUCUACAUGGCAGCCUGGACGUAUAAGAUACAUCAAUGUCCUCUUAUCCUGUAUGUGAUGUUUUAACAGAUCUCCACUAGAGGGCUCUACAUGGCAGCCUGGACAGUCUGCAGACACUCAGGGUCUGGAAAGGGCCUGCAUUUCAAUUCAUUAUAUUAUGAAACCACUAUUACUAUUAUU